GUCCAAUUUCGUUGUUUGUUUCGUAUAGAACAUGAUUCAAGCGCUGUUCGCCAUCAAUACGUCCGGAGAGACGCUGCUCGAGAAGCACUACCGCGGCGUCACCCCAAAGGCCGUGUUCGACCCUUUCAUUGACGCACUGAACAAGACGACCAACCCCGACGAUGUCGCGCCAGUCAUUGUUGGACCCAGGCACUGCCUCAUAAGUAUCUACCGCCAGCGCAUCUUCUUUUUGGCCAUCGUGCAGACGGACGUCACGCCGCUGCUUGUCUUUGAGUUUUUGCAUCGCGCCGUCGACACGUUCGUCGAGUACUUUGGCGACUUUAACGAAGCCUCCAUCAAGGAGCACGCCGUCACGUACUUUGAGCUGCUGGACGAGAUGAUGGACAACGGCUUCCCGCUGACCACCGAGUCCAACAUCCUCAAGGAGCUCAUUCUGCCCCCGAGCAUCAUCCGCUCGGUCGUCAACACGUUCGCCUCACAAGCGAACGUUGCGUCCGCGGUGCCCACCGGUCAGCUCUCGAGCAUCCCUUGGCGACGCAUGGGCGUGCGAUACGCCACCAACGCCAUGUACAUUGACUUUAUCGAAGAGCUCGAUGUCAUUAUCGACCGCAACGGCGCCACCAUCUCGGCCGAAGUGCAGGGCGAGGUGCGCUGCAACUCAAACCUCUCCGGCAUGCCGGAUCUCGUCCUCUCGUUCGCCAAUCCUCGCGUGUUUGACGACAUUAGCUUCCACCCGUGCGUGCGCUUCAAGCGCUGGGAGUCUGAGCGUGUGCUGUCGUUCGUCCCUCCGGACGGCCACUUUAAGCUCUGCUCGUACCGCGUCGGCUCCACCACGGCUCCGCUCCAGAUCCCGGUCUAUGUCAAGCCCAUGAUUUCCUUCUCUGCAGGUGUGUGCAAGCUCGAAGUGAACGUCGGAUUCAAGCAAAACAUGGGCAAGGCCGUCGAGGACGUCGUGGUCAUCAUUCCUCUGCCUCCGUCUGCCAUCUCGGCCAACAUUUCUCAGACUGUUGGCAAUGCCGUAUUGGAUCCUGUCUCUAAGAACCUUCGCUGGGACAUUGGCAAAAUCCCACUCAACAAGCUUCCAGUACUCAAGGGCUCGGUCACGCUGCAAACAUCCAUGCCGCUGCCAGAGGCCAACCCCACAAUCACUCUCGAGUUCAAGAUCCAACAGCUGGCCACUUCUGGAAUCAAGGUCAACAAGCUUGAUCUGUACGGCGAGAAAUACAAGCCGUUUAAGGGUGUCAAGUAUCUCACCAAGUCAGGCCGAUUCCAAGUGCGAUCAUAAAAAAAAGGAUUGGUUGGCUUUUCUCUUGAUUAUCCGUUUGAUAUUGACUUUUGUUUUUGCACAUAAACGACAUAUUUGUUCCC